GAACUAACGGUCAAGGUAGAUACUCUCUUCACGGUACAACCAAUGGACCGAGGCGCCAACCACCGAAGUUAUACGUGAUUCGUAUAAUUUGACAUAGUGAUGAAACGGCUGAUGUAACGUUACGAUCCGGAUUGUCACGAUGCUGUCCUGCGCGUUGUUCCUCGCGAAUUGCGCACCAACUACGGAGAAUCCUCCGCUCGACAUCGACGGCUCCGACUUGAAAAAAGUCGUCGAAGAUGGCGCAGCCGCGGGAGAAGAAGAGCGUCGGGAGACUCUCGAGGACAUCGUGGACCUUGGAAACGAAGGAGAAGCCGAGCUGCCGAUCCUGCCACCGAUAAUCCUGAUCGACUUUACGAACGGGACGAACUUGACGAGCGAGGAAAAGUCUAAGCGAACGAUAAACGGGAACCUGGGCUACGGCUUUCAAUCGAACAGCUUACUGUCAGGAAAGUACAACUAUUACCUGCCAACCGGAAAUACUGGGACAACGGUUAGCAUCGAGGAAUCUAUCAGCCCUUUUCUGCCAACUACGAUAAUCGAAAAGGUGAACGGUGCAGGUUCCUACUCCAAUCUGUUCGGUAACCCUGUGCAGUCUCACCAGAGAGCGAAUCCCGUGACUCCCUUGGCCUUCGGACAGCGGACCAAGCUGCUCAAGGCGAAUAGUCAGAGCUUCCAAUCGUUUUCGGGGUUCAGCGCCGCCCAGAAACCGAACUAUGUUAGCUACUCCACGCCCAGACCCGACUUCCAAUCCAACGUUUAUCCCACUGCUCCGGCAGGCCUCGGAAGCUACGGCAACCAGGCCUCCGGAUUCAGCGGUUCUGCCAGCCCGCGACCGCAGGUCUACAAUCCUUCACUGUACCAGAACCAGAAAACGUACAACUCGCCGGUUCAAAGCUACGACUCAUUCGCUCCGACGCCGAGACCAACGAUCAGCACAAACUACGUGACUCCGAGACCCGAGACCAUCUACACGACACCCAAGCCCCAGAGCUACUCGGACCAGAGCCAGACGACGGUGCUGUCAGCCCUGAAGGGUAAUUCCCCGAAGUACAGUUUCGAGAACGGAGUUAAGUACGAGCACAAGAUCGUAUGGAAGUAUCCAGACGGCAUGGUGUCCGAAGUCGGGCCGGAUUCCUACGACGAUUCCUACCCGGGGUAUUCGAGCCCCACCAAAAUCAGCCUGACUUCUGGAUACCCAAAGUCGGGGAGCAAUUCAUACUCCGCAAGCUCCGAGGGAAUCUACUCCCAGAAACCGGCCACUUUUCCCAACAACGGGGAUUCCGGGAAGGGAGAUUCAAAGGCGAACCAAUUCGUAUCCUCGGCCUCGAUAUCCAGCGGCAACGCAGGAUACUUUGGAUCCCCUUCGCAGCUCACACAACCGUCGCUGAAGUUCGGUUACCAGAAUCCUUACUCGGCGAGCACCGGCCAAAGAGGAAGUCUCGGCAAGCCGGAUGUCCAGGACACGAAACCCGCCUCCAGUUAUCCCGUUGACAGCCCUGAGCCGGAGUAUUCCCCUCUACAGAGCUACGAGAUUGGCCAAGACUUCGAAGGACUGGACGGCCAACGGACCGGCGCCUACACCUUCGAGCAGCCCUCGAAUUCGGGGUCCCAUUCUGUCGGUGGGAAAACACCAUCAACCACUGUCCUAUCCAAGUACAAACCGCAGGUCCAGCAGUACUUGAAGAAGGCUCUCGGCCUCGGUGGUGCCGAAAAGAGUCAGGUGUACCAGACGACAGCCACGGGAUCGUCGUCGUCGUCACCGUCAAACCUGCAGUACUCGAGUCUGCUCGAUUACAACCCGUCGUUAUCUCAGUACAUCGGUAAUCCGGCUUCGAUUCUCAACGCCCAGCCGACUUUCGUUCAGGCUGGUAAUUCCUUGAUUCCGGUCAUCAUUUUGAGGGUCGACGGCGUCCCGCCGAUCCAGCCAAAAGUCACGCCGAAUAUUAAUCUCAAGGCGCUUUUGCAGAAGUAUCUUACUCAGUACGCGCAAACCGUCACAAACUUGUCGAAGAGUCAAGGAUACGAUCAGGGCUAUGAUACUCAGGGGCCUUCGGGCUCCGAGCUUUACGAUCUGGGUCAGCUGACCCAGAGUUUGAGUCAGCUCAGACAAGGCGCGAAUUUCAAACAAAAUUUUGCUCAGAAUUUUGCCCAGAGCAUCGCUGGUCAAAGCUAUCAGCCCGGUUCUUUAUCGAGUCAGUCGAGCUAUGGCGGGUUUGAUAAAGGCGAUUACGGUAACUUGCAAAACGCAAAGUACGUAGCUCCGAGAAAACAUAAAGUCAAGAACGUGGAGAUAGUGGACGACCCACGAUACACAACGUACAAAGUAAAAGAUUAAAAUUCGAAAUAUUUGUAAUCGACUUCGAAACGUACCUGACACAGGAUUCCUCUGUUUCUAAUUAAUUUAUUGUCUAGUUAUAUUCUGGAAUAUGUUUGUCGCGCCGUUGAAUUUGUUUAUUUUUCUUCUUUUAUUCUUAUAACCAUACUUCGCAAACUUUCCAUCGAUACAAUAUCUACAACACUACACGCUGCUGAGAGAUUCCGUCACGUUGUCGCGAUUUCUGAAGAAAGUAAGUUCUUUUCUGUUCCGGCAACGUCAUUUAGGUCAGAGAAGAGUGUACAAUGAUGAUCAUUUUUCUUUCACUUCAUCCCUCAGAAAAAAAACCACGUUCCGUUUCUUUCUGUUUUACAAUACAUAAGCCAGGAAGGUCGUCCGAAUGCCGUUCAUUAAGGCAGAUCGUCAAAUGUUCUCGAUCUUAGGUGUAAGCUUUAAGACGUAAGUUACGAAUAUUUAAUAAGGGAGCCGUGCAAUACGUAUAAAUUCAGAUCCGUUCGUUCGUACGAUCGUUGUGAUCAAAUGAUAGGUGAUCAAUAUGCGAAUCGUGUGUAUGUAUUCGAAUUUUGUCGUAUCGUUAUAUACACAUGUACGCGAGCGCUUUUCAUAAGCUAACCAAAUUUUGACGCUUCGAAAAGGUACCUAAUAAAACUUAGAUAAGUAAAAGGUUUUCUUUAAAACUGUGCAAUAUAACGCUGCUUUAUUAUAUGUAUAGAUAUCAUACCUGUUAGAGAAGAAAAACUUUCAGGAUUUCACGC